CUCUAUUAUACACUCCUCAUUGAAACUGGUAAUAGUAUAGAAUUAAAAUCUUCUAAAAAAUAAAAAACCUUCCAACAUUUUCGAGCUAUUGCGGUUACAAUUUUGCCCUCUACAAUAAAGUGCAAGCAAAAUGCCGGGGGCAAGGCACAAAAUAUUGGGGCACGUGCUAUCAGGAUUUUGUCAUAAAAUGAAUCGACGUAAAUCACUUCAUGGAGAUUCAUUGGACACACCGUUGAAUCGUUGUCUCACUACUGUCGAUAUUACUUUAUUAGGGGUGGGACACAUGGUCGGUGCUGGUAUUUAUGUGUUAACGGGAACAGUGGCACGGCACAUGGCGGGUCCAGCGACAGCCCUGAGUUUCUUAUUCGCUGGCAUCACGUCGACACUCGCGGCUCUGUGCUACGCUGAAUUCGGCACCAGAAUACCCCGCGCUGGAAGUGCUUACGCAUACACUUACGUCAGCAUUGGAGAGUUUUGGGCAUUUAUAAUAGGAUGGAACAUUGUCCUGGAAUAUAUGAUAGGUGCUGCUUCGGUAGCCAGAGCAUGGUCAGGAUAUUUGGAUGAAAUGGUAGGCGGAGCUAUAAGCAACGCCACAAUUUCAGUGACAGGAGAAUUGCAUGAAACCCUUCUCAGUCGAUACCCUGAUGUUUUAGCUUUCGUGAUCUGUAUAGUUGCAUCACUUAUAUUAGCAGUUGGUGUUAAAACUUCAGCUUAUAUAAACAAUGGUCUUACGAUCUUGAAUCUUCUUGUGAUAACACUGGUCAUAUUCCUCGGUUUUUACUAUGCCGACAUCACUAAUUGGUCUGAGAAAAAUGGUGGUUUUAUGCCGUACGGCUUCAGUGGUGUAUUAGCUGGUGCUGCAACUUGCUUUUAUGCAUUCGUCGGUUUCGAUAGUAUAUCUGCUUCCAGUGAAGAAGCAAAGGAUCCAUCUCGAUCGAUUCCGAUUGCUACCAUUAUGUCGAUGGGUUUGGUUGCGGUGGGAUAUAUUCUUGUUGCCAUAGCUUUGACUCUUAUGGUUCCUUAUCAAACUAUAAACCCUGACGCCGCUCUUCCGGCCGCGCUAGGGGCUGUUCACGCCGAGUGGGCUAAGUAUGCGGUGGCAGUUGGAGCCGUGUGUGGGAUGACGACUACAUUGCUAGGAUCGUUGUUUUCUUUGCCUCGUUGUUUGUACGCCAUGUCUGUUGACGGAUUGUUGUUUGGUUUCCUCAGCGAUAUGAGUAACAAUAAGUCUCAAAUUCCGAUAUGUAAUCUCAUUAUAUCUGGAUUUUCUUCAGCGCUAAUAGCUUUGUUGUUCGAUUUGGAGAAAUUGGUCGAGUUUAUGUCGAUAGGCACUUUAUUAGCGUACACUAUCGUAAGUGCUGCAGUCAUUAUACUCCGAUACCGUCCAACUCCGACGAUAGAGGAUAAAAGUUUUUGCACGCCGCAAUUAGACUCUCCAUGCGAUCGUGAGGACAGUUCUGCUACUGGCACUCCUGGAACUGAUAAUGGAUCUUCUUCUUCUGAGAUGUUCGAGGCGCUGACGGUGGGGCGGCUGCGUGCGCAGUACGCGUGGCUGGAGCCGCUGGCCGGCGGGCGCGCGCCGGGCAGCGCGGUCACCGCCUGCGUCUAUGUCUUCACGAUUGCUGCCGCCGCGCUCUGCGUCCACAAUCACUUCCUGGCCGAACCCGCAGGACUGUGGGCGAUACUACCUGAUGCUGUACUUAUCUGCAUUAUUAUUGCCUGUCUGGUGGUGAUCUGGGCGCACCAGCAGAGCCCGGCGCGGCUGCCGUUCCGCGUGCCCUGGGUGCCUCUGCUGCCAGCCGCCAGCGUGCUGCUCAACGUCGAGCUCAUGGUUAACCUAAAGGGCCUAACCUGGGCUAGAUUCGCUAUUUGGAUGACUUUCGGUCUUCUCCUGUACUUCCUGUACGGCAUCCACCACAGCAAGCUGGGCGAGGGCGUGGGGCUGCUGUCGCGGUCUGGCAGCGGGAGCGGGGGCGGCGCGCGCGGCUGGGGCGCAGUCGACAAGACCAGUGCCAUCGCGCGCCGCGUCGGCCGUCUCGCGCGCGGCUCCAAAGGCGACGACCGUAAGCCCAUCAUUUGCGACGACGAACUCGCCAGACGGGAUCCGUGAUUUUAAAUUACAUCGCCGUGAUACGGUCAAUUUUGCACCAGUUAUACAUAUACGGUGUCUGUGUGCAGGAGUUAUAUGUGACAAAUUAUCACUAAAUCAAUUCGAGAUGAGCGCCUAAAUCUUGUAAACAUGCUAACGUCAAAUUACAUAUAUACUGGUCAGUCACUAAACAAUUUCAUGCUUAUAUUAGUAAUAUAAUUUUGUGGAAUUAUCAGGUAAAAUCCCUGCUUUUGGGAAACAUUGUUUACAAUAUUUAGGUUUUCAUUUGAAAGAAGAACUAUUUAUUGAGUCUUACGUACAGUUUGCCGCUGCCACCUCUCGGGCGCACAAAAUAAGCUAACGGUCAACGGUUUAUGUAAAUUAACAAUUAUUUAUUGCAUGUUUGAUGAAGAUACUAUUUGUUAUGAAGUUAUAAUUUAUUUCUGACACAUUUAUUGAUGUUAAUUGUUUAAAAAUGUUUAUGAAAUU